AUGGCUUCAAAUCCCAGCAACGUGACAGAGUUCUCAUACGUCACUCUCAAACAAGGCAUAAACGUCUUUGACGAUUCCCCCGAAGCCAAAACGUACCAAGAUAUCAUCGACACGGUACUAAGACAACCAGGUGCACGAAAGGUUUACACCAGUCUCGAGAUUGAAAAUCCUUCGAGGCUAUGGUUGUUUAUGGACUGGGAUAAAUUGGAGGAUCAUAAGAAUUACCCCAAGACCCCUGAACAUGCUCGUGUCAUAGAAUCUCUCAAGCCACUCGCCGAUUUGGAAAAGUCUAUGAACAGACAUGUUGUUGUCAACCCCUUUCCCCCAGAAGAUGUUCUCGACAAGGCUAGUUCUCCCGUAACAGAAGUCCUCGUCGCAUUCUUCCCCUCAGACUACUCCCCCUCAGCUCGCGCCGCAGCAACGCAUCGUCUGGAUAAAUUCACCGCUCAAGCACUCAAGACGUCGCCAGACUGGCGCGGCAUCAGCUACGGCUGGAGCGUAGAGAACGACGUGCCGAUUCGUGGUGACGAGAGCAAUUCAGGUGUGAUGCUUACUGCGUUUAUCGGAUGGCCGAGUGUCGAGGCUCAUAUGAAGUUUCGGGAGACGGAGCCGUUCAAGGAGAAUGUUGGUCUUGUCACGGGUAUUGAGGGGAUGAUAAAGUUGGACCUUUUUCAUGUUAGUUGCGUGACUCACGAGGCUGAGGGAUUGGAGGAGAGGGAUGCGAAGAAUGGACAUGGGCAUGAGCAUGCUUGUGGUUCUGGUGGCUGUUGUUGA